AUGGCUGCGUUGGUUCAAACGAUCCCCCAACAGAGUGGCACGGUUCCUGUGCUCCAAACGCGUCCUUCCUCCUCCUCGGGCACCUUUGUCGGCCCUUCAUCCCAGUCGUCGGCCUCUCGUUACCAGAAUAUGUCGUCGUGGGGCUCCUUUAACACGAGCAACACCGGCGGAUAUCGAGCCGGUAACCCCGUGGUGGCCCCCUACGCCUACACCUCAAACCUGGCUCAGUCGUCCAACACUCAACAUCGCCAGUCCUGGUCCCCCCCAUCUUCGCCCGGAGCACCGUACCUUCUCCGCCCCCGUCAUCACUCACGGUCAAGGGAAUCCCUCAUAUGCCGGUGUCGCCUCGCGAAACGUCAAUCCUGCAGCUGGUUCUGUAUCAACUUCCUCCAACCCUACCUUUCACUCCCACAUCUCCAAGGACGACAGUGCCCUCCCCUCUCUAGGCAACCGAGGCCCGACCAGCCUCUCCGUCCCCUCUCCACCGCCAACCUUCCUACUCCCUCCGUCAUGACCAUCUCUUCCCCCGCUGGUUCGGCCAAGCCAUCCCCAAACCGCUACCGCCGGCCUAAUCAAACGGCUCGUUCACAAUCACCGGUCCCGGCGUCGUCCCCGGUUUCUCCUCCAACAGAUGACCAGACAAAUGCUACGACGGGCCUUCGUACCCCGCGAUACAAUCCACAUCAUCGAGGUUUAAGUGCGGAUGAUACGUCUCAUGCGGAUAAGCAACAACCAGAUAUGGCCAAACGGUACCGCCGUCGGAGUUUAGGAAACAUGGACCCCAGUACAUACCCUGACCUAAACCUCCAACUGCCCGUUUCUUCAUCCCCGCCAACCCUGUCUGGUCCCUACGACUUUAUCUCAUUCGAAGCGAACCAGCGGCCCCGUUCAUCCCAUUCUCACCGUACCAGCUCAGGAAGUCAACACUCGGCAAAUUCCUCGACCUCAUCGGUUCGCGAGGGAUCAUCGCCCGAAACUAGCUCUGUCAAUAGCAAGACUGGCAAGCCCGAAGAAAAACGAGUGGCCAAGCCUUCUCCCUUAUCCCAGCCCGCAUCCACAACUCCCGAUUCCCCAACCACCGAACACGAGACCGACGAUAAAGAAAACAUUGCUUCCUCGCCGCCAGCCGACUCGCCGGCCGCUAAACGCCUGACGGAACUUAAAAAUGAAUCUUCGAAGAGGCCUGGAAAGUCACGUUUGCGACGUGCAUUCUCAUUUGGUAGUGCCUCUGAGCUCCUGAAGCAAUCCAAUGCUACCAAACGGGAAGCCAUUGCGGCCGAGAAGGCUCGCCAGGAGGCCCUUCGGGAAGAACUUGGAGAGGAACAAGCAGCCAUCGCAGCCCAGCAAGAAGCCAGUGGUCUAGGCGAAAGUAUCUAUAGCACUCAAGGAGGUCUCUUCUCUCGGUCAACCGAUGCUUUGUCUGUGUCAUCUACUGCUUCGUCGGCGUCCAUGAUGCUUCGUAAGAUGGGCAAAGGCGUUAAGAAGUCAGGUCGUUCUUUGGUCGGCCUCUUUCGUCCCAAGUCUGUCGCCGAUGUCGAGGGUGCCAUCAACCCCAUCACCCCCGAAAUCUCCGUCGUCAAUGUUGAAGCAGAGCGAGAGAGCGUCACAGUCAACGCAGACCCGGCCGACCUCCCUCGAGGCGGCGAUCUGCCUCGAUUCGGGAACGAGAUCAAAGAAUUGUGUCGGAUCCUAUCCCCCCCAACUCGCAAGAGUAUUAUCGGUGGAGACUCGGAGCGGGCCGCUAUUCUCGGCGGUAUCAAGAGGGGCAUUUUGAAGAAAACGCAUUCCGAUCUGGGUGUCUCGUCGCCUGCACACGCAUUGAACGGCAACGAUUCACCGCACUCCAGUGCCCCGACUACCCCCGAUGAGUCCGGACGAGCCCGUCAGACUGAUCAUGUCAAGAUUGCGGGCGAGGACUACUUCCUGACCGAAGGUGGACGAUACAAUUCUACCGACGCUAAGAGCGCCCCCAUCACUCCCCAGUCGGUGGCUGGGAGGAAUAUCGCUUUCAGCCCUCGCAUCCAGUUUCAUGACACCUGGCCUAGUGGCGAGUAUGACCGCCGAGGUGAAAUUGCGACUUGCAACCGCCUCACUCCUCUGCUUGCCCAACAGAUCCGGGAGGAAAUUAACAAUUUCAAAAUGGAGAUGGAGGUUCACGAAAACUCCAAGAUUUACACGCACUUCAUUUGA